ACUCAGUCAACAAAAUUGUUCAGGGUAAAAAAUUCAUUUUAUUUUCAACAAUCGAUUCGGAAUUUUCUAUCGUAUAAAAAGAAAAAAAAUUCUCUCCGCGCAGACAAGAUUUAGGGAAAUUGUGCCAUUCACUGGUCAAGUACAAUAUCCAAAUUGACAUAUUUUCAAUCCAUAUCAAAAUUUAAUCUGAGCUCACUGGCAAUCGCAUAAGCAUAUCCGAUCAAGAUGGCCAAGAAAAAGGGCAAGGGCAAAAAGGGCAAGAAAAAGGGGGGCAUCAGUUGCCCAGUCGAGAUCACUGAUGAGAUGCUCAAGCCGAUGACGCCACGACCCUUGGGUCUAGCUGCCGAUUGUGACGAGUGCUGCCAGUGCCAAUGCGAUUGCGAUUGUAGUCCGGAGAUACAGCCGUGCUUCAUACAGCCGACGAUACCAGAUCCAGGUCCCGAGGCCUAUGACGAGUUCGAGGCGUGUCUGAAUGGCAGCGGUCUAACCAUACGAGUCUUAAAGAACACACACAAAGUCGAGAGUGUGGACGAUGGGGCAACCACAAGGAACCUGGGCCCAGACGAUGACCCUUGCUACAAGAGCAAGCUGGAGGAUUGUCCGGAGAACAACUGCCUCAACGACGUACUUCAGCGCAGCGAUUUUGCCAGGAAGCACAUACAGCGGCGCACCUGCGGCCGGAUUGUCAAUCACCCCAACAUACCGAAGGUGCGCGCCAACAUCAAAUACUCGGGCAACGACACCUGCGAGACGAACAACUACUACGUGCCCUUCUCCAAGAUCAUGGAGGUCUGCGAGGGCCAGGAGGCCAAAGUCGAUUGCUAUCGAUCCCAGGUUUGCGAUAAACAAGAGGCGAAAAUCGAUUGUUAUCGCAAACGAUUGUGCGGCGGCGGAUUGCCGUGCAUACUGCCAAUCCCGCCCGUACAGGGUAAACGCAGCUGCUGCAUGCAGGUGCAAGCGCAGGAUAUUAAGGAUACCAUGAACGGCAUCGACCUGGAUACCAGGAAGAAGGGCAUUGAGGUCUGUUAUAAAACAUGCGAGGAAACGGACAGCGAUGUGUUCCUUGUCAAGUUGGGCAGCAAAUCGAAGUCACAGCACAAGAAGAACACAAUUGAGAUUGAGCUAAGGACGCCCAAGCAGCCGGUGACGUUGCCCAUGAGCAAGGUGACAACCGAGACGUACGUGACGGAGGCGUUGCUGGACGCCACCAAGGGCAAGGGCAAGGGCAAGAAGAAGGGCAAAGGCAAGAAGAAGAAAUAGAGAGAAUAUUGAUAGAAACAGCGAAUCUCUGGCCAUGUAUCGAUUGAUGAAGCCAGAUAGAAGAAUAGGAGAAAGCAAAAACCCCGCCCACUUGUUAGAAGUUACCCUGCUUUGAGACAAAGUAUUAUACAUAACAUUUGGAUACGAAAUUAUAAAUAGUAUUUUAGAUUAUUGAGCUCG